AUGUUACCCAAUCAUAAUAAUAAUCAACAACAACCUUCGGAAGAUGCUCAGAAAAUUAAGGAUCAUGAUUAUGAAGGAAAUGGCAAUAAUCAAGAUAGAAAGGAUGUUUUUGGCGUCAUUGGCGAGAGAAAUGUUCGAUUCUUGGAUGAGUGUGGUUCGAGCUUUGUAUUGGUCGAUAUUGAUAGUUUAAUUGAUCAAGCAAUUUAUGAAAGCGAAAUAAGUGGUAUUGAUUGGAAUGAUCAUGGUGGUCAAUGGCUUCAUAUGUUCUUUUAUUGUGAAGCUAAAUUGAGAGAAUGGAGAAAGAGUGGAGUUGGUUUUCAAUUACUUUAUCUGAAAGGUAAUGAUCCAAUUGCCAGAGGAAAGGAAGAAUUGAAUUCCAAGAGAUUGCUUCGUCACUUGUUAUUCUACCACUUGAAAAAGUCCAUUGAUGAAAAUCCAGAACUUAAAAAGAGACAUUCCUGUUUUGUAAUGCAUGAAAAUAUUUAUGAAAAUUUUGAAGAGUUUAGAAAGUUAAGCGAAAGUGUGAAUGUUAAUUCUAUUGUAAUAUCAUCUUACAAUAGAGACUUGUUGGCCUUACUGUUGAAUUAUUGUUCAAUUCCAUUGGUUUCUGGUAUUACAGGAGAAGGUUCAGCAAUUAAUGGAAGAAUGUUUUACUUAAGAACUAAAGAAAGAAGAAGAAUCACUUUUGAUAUUGACGGUCUUGUAAUUAAUUCUACUCCUAUGGAAAUUGGUAAAAUGUCAGUCAUCCAACUGUUCGAAAAAGCAAUUACUGAUAGCUUGUCCAGUAAUUUGGAUCAUUUACUUGCCAAGGUUAUAGUGAUUACUAAAUUAUUGCAAGGAUACUUGCCACUCAAUUAUAGAUAUCAAAAAGUUGACUUUGCAGUUGCUGAAUUGAAUGAGUUUAUUCAAAGAUUUUAUGGAAAGUUGUUCGAAAUUGCUUAUCAUCAUGAAGAUUAUAUUGAAGGAAGUGAUGAUUUGUUGGAUGGUAGAUUGGCACACUCAAUCUUGCUUUGGAUGAUUCAAACAAAGCAAAAUGAAUUUACUCUUCCAGAGCAUCUUCAAAGCCAAUAUAAGGAAAUUGUUUCUAGAUUAGGAUUAGGUGAAAGCCAGGCCAAUUUAUUAGAAACCAUGCAACAAAUUCCAACCUCUUCCUCAUUCCAAUAUGAAUUCGAGAACGAUCAUCAAGUUUUACCAAUCAGCAAUCGUUUCAUGAGCGAGUUAUUUGACAUUCCAGAAUCUAUUAUUGAAAGAAACUCCAACAAGAAAGUUUUCAAAGAUGAAUAUCAUUACCACAACACUGAAAAGAUUUCAUCAGUUCCAGAACCUAGAAAAUCUGAUGAAACAUCAACUUCACUUGCCAAAUUAAUUGCAUCUUUUGAUAGACCAAAGAAGAGAGUUGUUGUUGCUGAGCAAUACACAUCUAAGGAUAUCAAGGAAGAAAUCAAAACAGUUCAAAAGAAAGCUAACUACUUUAAAGCUACUCUACCAAAGAGAAUUGAUGGAUGGAAAGAAGAAAUGUCACAGAUCAAUUCUUCCAAAGCCAUGUUGGCUUUGUCAAGUAGCAUAUUCGAAGAACUUGUUUAUUUGAAGAGAUUGGAAAGAAAGAUUGUUAAGACUGAAGCUUCAGAUGUUGAUAAUGGAAUCAAGCAAGUUUUUGAGUUGCUUUCCUUGACUUUAUUUGCUCAAUUGGAAUUAAUUCAAGCCAACAAGGACGAUUUAAUUCAAGUUGGUAUUUGGGUUAGAUUCAUCUACUCGUUCCUUGAAGAAUAUUCCUUAAACUUGCCAAAGGUCAAGGUUGGUAUUUUAUUUGAAAAGCUUGUCAAUGAAUGCUUCAGAUUCAAGCUCUUCUCAUCUGGAAAUGAAAUUAUCCAAAGAAAGUCUUUGAAAUUGAAACAAAGAAGUGAAAAGGAUUCUAUUGACAUUAUUCAAAUGUACAAGGAAACUUGUGAAUUGAAUUCCUUUUUCAUUCCACAUCCUCAACAAUUUUCCUUGCAACGAGUAUUGAAUGCACUUGAAGAUGAUACAGAUUUAAGUAGAAUGACACCAGAGGAAUACAGAGCUUUCAAGAUUCGUCAAAGAAUGAGAGAAGAUAUGGACUUUAUUCCUGAUGAGUGGCAAGAAGAACUCAUCAACCAUGUCAACAAGGAAAAUGUCUCAGUUUUAUGUAAUGUACCUACCUCACAAGGUAAAACAUUCAUUUGCUUCUAUUUAAUCGAGAAAGUAUUGAGAGAAUCUUCAACAGAUGUUAUUUGCUUCAUUGUUCCAACCAAAGCAUUGGUCAACCAAAUUUAUUGUGAAAUUUCCAGUCGAUUUGAAAGAAAUAAUCUUGUAGGCAUGGCAACAGCUUCCAAGAGAAUUAAUGAAUUCACUUCUCAAGUAUUAAUUAUCACACCUGCCAUGUUGGAAAUUUAUUUGAUGAGCAGUCAGGAAAAUAAUUGGAAAUCAAGGAUCAAGUAUUUAAUUAUCGACGAAAUCCACUCAGCUUUUGAUGGUGAUCAGUCUCAAUACUAUGAACAUAUUAUUCAAUUCCUGGAUUGCCCAAUUCUUGGUUUAUCUGCAACUUUGGAUAACAGAAAUGAAUUGGCAGAAUGGAUGAAACAUGGAAAGAGACAAAUUGUUGAAACUGUCCAUCUUGAAGAUUACAAACGUUUCAAUCCUUUGGAAUAUUAUAAUUUUAAUAACGAUAAUGAAGGCAAGUGUAUCCAUGUCCAUCCUUUGGCUUUGGUAAAUGUAAAUAAUUUGAAACAAGAAUUGGAGUUGUUGAAUGGUAUGUCCAUGAAGGAAUGCCUCGAAUUGACUCAAUAUUUAGAGAAGGAAAUACCUUCAUGGUUUACAGAGAUUGUACAGAUUGGUUUGAAAUCAGAUUUGUUAGAACCAUUCAAAUGGGCAGAUUCCAUUAAUUAUAGAAGAAAGGUUCAUGAAUAUUUGAUUGAAAAGGGACAAGACGAUAAUAAUCAUGAUAAUAUCUGCAAGAUUAUUCAACACUUUUACCAUUUAUCGCUUAUUUCAACAACCGAAAGAUCAGAGAAGCUUCACGAAGAGGAAAUUAUCAACCUUGUCAUGCAAAUGAAGAAUGAAAACAUGCUCCCUUCUAUUUCCUUUGCAUUCAACAGAACUCUGAUCAAUGAUUAUUUAGAAUAUCUUGUCAAUUAUUUAGAAACUAACCAAACUAACUUGUGGAAAGAUGGGAAAAUCCCAAAAACAAUCUCACAACUUGUUUCAUCCAUUGAAGAGGGAAACUGUGACUUUGAAGUUGAAGAACUACACUUUAGAGCAUUAAAAGUUGGUUUGGCAUGUCACUAUGCAGCUAUGGACGAAAAUUAUCAAAUUGAAGUUGAAAGAUUGUUUAGAAUUGGAGAUAUUCCACUUAUUUUCUCCACUUCAACUUUAGCUUUGGGUGUUAACAUGCCUUGUAAGACUGUAGUAAUUUGUGGUUUCUCACCUUUCUAUUCAAAUAGUUUAUUCAAACAAGCUUGUGGUAGAGCUGGUAGAAGAGGAUUUGAUAAUAAGGGAAGAGUCAUUCUGUGUGGAUUCAAUACUCCAUUGCAAAGAAGAUACCUCCUCUCCCCUCCAGUCCUUGUCAAUGGAUCUCAAGGUUUCCCAACAAGUUUCACUCUCAGAUUAUUCUCCAGUUUAUCUCAACAAGGAAACAAUUCCUCAAUCGAGGAAGGAAUCAAGAGAUUGUUAGAUAAACCUCUCUUCUCAUUGGAUAAGAAUUUGGUCGAUAGAGCUGCCAAGCAGAUGAAACAUUUAUUCCUUUUCAAUUCUGAGUACCUUUUCCAAACUGAGUUUUUGAAUGGAAAUUGUGAACCUUUGAGUUUGAGUGGAUUGGUAACUCAUUUAUUCUAUCUCAAUGAGAAGGCAUUCACAAUUCCACAUUUAGUGAAAUUCAAAUUCUUUGAACAGUUUAAGCAAGUUUACAGUGAUACUGAACAAGAUUUGUUAUUGUUAAAGAUAGUCACCUAUUUAAUGUAUAGAAGUGUUGUGGGAUCAUAUUUUAAUAAGAAACAUACCAUUCAAUUGGGAGAGGAAAAUAUGGAAGAGGGAUCAAUUUUCAGAGAAAUGGCUGAGCAUGUAAAAUCUCACAACGACAUGGCACUUUCUAUCUUUAGUAAUUUUGCAUCUGUUUAUGCUGUAGAUAAGCAAGAUGAAUUGGAGGAUGUUCAUUUGCCUUUGAGUAAUCAUGGAAAUUUCAAAAAGUUGAGAAUAUUGAAAUCAAAUGCUAACAGUUCAAAUGAAACCAAGGAAGAGAAUGUUGGAGGUGGAGAUGACGAUUGGGAAUCUUUUGAUGUUGAAGAAACUGAACCAGUUGAAUCUGAACAGCAAGUGAAUGAACCAGUCACUAAGAAAUUCGUCUUGGACGAAAGUGAAUUCGAAUCUGAUUUACACAAUAUUCCACUCAUCAAGCACUUAUCAUCCCACUGUAUUAGAAACAACCUUUCCAUUUCAUCCUUCGCUGCUCUCAGUGGUAACAUGGAUGGUCAUUACAAGAGUGUUGAUCACUUCCUCCAAACACUCAACCACAACAUUUGUCUUAACAAGACAACUAUUCCACUUCAAGAUUUGGAAUUUUCCAAAUUGAAUUCUUUCCUCAUUGACUUGUACAAACACAAAAACAUCAAACUUUUGAAAGCUGAAAAUGGAUUUUCCACCAAACAUGCAGCAACUCGUGAAGUUGAGCAAAUUGUCAAGGAUUUGAAAAAGAUCCGUUCAAGUUUGAUAGUUGAGAAAUGUUUUAAGGAAUCAACAUUCUAUCAUCCAUAUAUGGAUUCCUCAAUCAAGACAUUACUCGAUGACUUUGGAAUUCAAUGGGCUCAAAACUAUCAAGCUCUAUAUGAUUGUUGGAGAAAGGAAACUUUGAAUUCCGUAUUCGAUUCCUAUUUCAUCCAAACCUACAAAUAUCAAAAGUUCCUUAAAAUCCUUGGCAGUUUAUUCCGUCAUCCAUUCAUGAAAUCCUUGGACAGAGUCAUUAGAGUAUUAUCAGAAAUUAUCUAUGGACGUCCUGUUUAUGUAAAUAGGAAGAAGAAGGAUCGUCCAGAUAUGCCAAAUGUGGAUGAUGAAAGUGAGCAUGUUGUUAAUGUUAAAUCAAAAACUGAAGCAAAAGUGAAAAAGCCUCAAGAUGAAUAAACUCAAUUAAAGAUAAAUUUCUAUUACCUUAAAA